ACGGUCAGAGAUCGAUAAACCUGUACAGGAGACUGUUAUAAAAAGGCUUCCAACAUGAGAGAGAAACAAACACGUCGUAUGCACAAGAACAACCUCUUCAUCUCCUCUCCAAAAACAGUUUUUAUUUCAUUUCACUAAUUUGUUGAUAAAAUGGAAAUUAAAACCAGGUUUUGAACAUAUUUCGCUCGUACGAACAGAGGAUUUUGUGGAAGUGGAUGCGGUUUUGAGCUUCUUGUUCAUGUUGUCUUCAUCUUCUCUUAAAACAGUUUUUAUUUCACUAAUUCUUCGAUAAAAUGGAGAUUAUAAACAACAGAUUUAUGAGAAUUCGAUAGAUUAUACGAAGUGGAUGCAGUUUUGAGCUUCAUGUUCAUGUUGUCUCCAUCUUCUCUCUAAAACAGUUUUUAUUUCAGUAGUUUUUUAUGAUAAAAUGGAGAUUAUAAAGAGAUUCGGAAGAGGAAUUCGAUAGAUUUGAUGAGUCUGUGGAAGUGGAUGCAGCUAUUAGCUUCCUGUUCUUGUUCUCGAGCUUUUAACUAAUUUAGAUUUGAAAUUGAGAGGAGAAUCGAAGAUAAUUAUAUUAUUAAAGGUGGAAAAUGGAGAAGAAGAAUAAUAAUAAUAAUAACACCAAUACGACGACGUCUUCGUCGUCGGACUUCGUAUUGCAGUGGGGGAAUCGGAAGCGGUUGCGUUGUAUGAAGGUCCAGCAGCAACAAGCUAAGGAUAAAGAAUUGGCUGCGGCGACGGUUUCCGGUACACCGCCGGUGGGUUUACGGUCAAUCACGCCGCGGAUUGAUCGGAGGGCCGUUAGUAACGGUACUAACGGUGCUAGUAACGGGAACGGUCAAGGUUAUAUUAAUCUCCGUCAACGAUCCUCUUCGCCGGCUCAUCGGGUUCUUAGGAAUUCCGAGAAUUCAAUAGCAAUGAAGGGGCAGAGCAGAGGCGUGUGUUCACCGGAGAGAGGGGGUGCGCACGAUAAGAAGACGGUGCACAAUAGCAACAACCACCACCAUAAUAACGGGAAGAAUAAUAAUAAUAACGGUGGUGGGUCGGGGUCAUCGGAAACGGCGCACGAUAGCAAAAAAGGAGGGGCAUCGCCGGUGAAGGAUUCUUUACCGAUCGUGUGGCCACCAAAGUUUGCGAUCGGGUUGACAAACAAGGAGAAAGAAGAAGAUUUCUUGGCAAUUAAAGGGGCUAAACUUCCUCAAAGACCCAAAAAACGAGCAAAGUUUAUCCAACGGACUAUUAAUUUGGUGUGUCCUGGUGGGUGGCUCUGCGAUCUAACUUUGGAACGGUAUGAAGUUAGAGAGAAGAAGAUCACAAAGAAGAGACCGAGAGGAUUAAAGGCUAUGGGAGGCAUGGAAUCUGAGUCGGAAGAGUAAAGGUUUUUGUUUUUCUAUAAUGGAAACAAAUGUGUUCUAGUUGGUUAUAUCUAAUAUCAUUUGGUAUUUUCUUAUUAUCUAUAUAAAUUAAUUAAUUACUAGACAUUUUUUAUUUUUAUUUUUAGGAGGAGAAAUAUUGAGCUUUGUAUUUAGUAUUUUCAUCAAUUUUCUCCCUUUUUUUUACAAGGGUCAUAAAUCAAAUGUAGACAAGUUGAGGUUUUAUUUUAAAUGAAAAUACUUUAUAUAAAUCGCUUAGAAUA